AUGUCCUGCGAAAUGGAUAAUAAUAGCACAAACCUUAAGCCGAUCACCAACUGGGCGCGACAGGCAUCCACGUGGCCGCUUAGUUUCAGGCUUUCCUGCAGUGUAAUCGAGAUUAUGCACGUCUCGACGCCUCUCUACGACCAAAACCGUCUUGAAAUCAUGUUCUGGACCAGGGCCUCGGCAGGUCUACGACCAGAUGCCCGACCCUCAAUAGGAGCGUGGUGCGCGGCAUUGAUCGCUGUGGACAUCUAUGUGCCUGGCUGCCCACCAGCCGCAAAGGCACUGCUUUAUGGCAUCUUUCAGUUGCAAAGGAAGAUGAGACGCACCAAGAUCAUUUAG